AUCCCUUUGUUUGUGGAGGCAGUUCUGGAGCGUUUGAUGCGGGGGGUGAAGUCCAGUGAGCUGAGGACUAUGUGCCUGCAGGUGGCCAUUGCUGCUCUGUACUACAACCCAGCCCUGCUCAUCCACACUCUGGACAACAUGCACUUCCAACACAGCCCUCAGCCCAUCACUGCCCACUUCAUCAACCAAUGGAUGAACGACACAGAGUUCUUCCUGGGGCUCCAUGACCGUAAAAUGUGCAUCAUUGGCCUGAGCGUGCUGAUGGAGCUGCCCAACCGGCCAGCAGUGUUAGAGGGAGUCGCCGCUCAGAUUGUUCCCUCCAUCCUGCUCCUAUUCCUGGGCCUCAAACACCUCUAUGCUUCCCGCCUUAUAAACAAACCGGACCUACUCACCCAUGCAGGGGCACAGGAUGAAGACCACAAUGAGGAGAUUCCCAGUGAUGAAGAUGAGGUGAACGAGAACCAUAACGCCAUGCAGCAGCAGUCCAGCAUGCCCACGGGCCAGGCAGGUGAGGAUGAUGAUGAGGAUGAAGAUGAUUACUGGGAUGAUGACGGCUUAGAGGGAACACCCCUAGAGGAGUACAGCACGCCUUUAGAUUACGACAAUGGAGAAGACGAGUAUCGCUUCUUCACCUCGGCCCUGCUCCGGGUCCAGAACAGUGAUGCAGCCUGGUACCAGAGUUUGACAGCUCCGCUCAGUGACGACCAGAAGAAACAGCUGCAGGAGAUCUACAGCAUCUCACAGCAGAGAGGGAGCACAGCCACCAAGGGCCAGUGAGCACUGAGGAGACAUGACGGACUGCAGAAUCAAAUAAGGGGCACAAAGAAGAGAGGAGCUGGUCUGACCUGACCUGAAGUGGAUUUCAUUCUAAUCUGAAUGAUCUCAGUCCAGAUCAGACCAUAUCAGACUAAGUGGAUCCCACCAGGUCCCCUAGGUGCCAUCAUCAUUUGGGACAUGGUGCACUGUAAAGAGAGCCCCUACUGGAAUUUCCCUAUCUCCAGGACAGGACCGCUGGCCUGUGUGUGUGUGUGUGUGUGUGUGUGUGUGUGUGUGUGUGUGGACUCCAGAGAAAGGUCUGCAUUAUAGAUAUAAAUGUCCUUGACCAGCAAAAUAAGUUUAAGUUCUUGUACAGUGCAGUCCUUUGAUGUUUGAUAAGUAACUGUGUGUGUGCGUGUGCGCGCGUGUGUGUCUGAGAAGCUGUAAGAAAUAAAAAAGACAUCAGUGUGAGUUUAUACGUACUGUAA